AGGGAGGAUGGUGGAGCAGAGUAGAAACCAGGCUGUUAGCCAGGCAAGCACCUGUUUUCAGGGAACGUCUGUUGGGAUCAGGGAAGGGAGUUGCCAACCUUGGAAGCUCCCUAUUGAUUAGUUUUGAAACAGAAUCAGAGGGGAAUUCCUCCUCACGCCCGUGUCAGGGUUUUCCCACCCUUUGUGGGCAGCCACCUGCAGCAAGACAACGGACCGGCAGCCUGGCCACUUUGCCCAGAGGGAUCCAGGAUGGCUCAAAAUCCAGAGCUCACCACCCCAGCCUUUUUGCAGAAAGGACAGCUUGAAUCUUUCCUGCAAGAUGAUGUGAGCCCUGAAGGGAUCCCACCAGAGACCCACUGCCUGCAGAGCGAAACCCACCCGGCAUUGAUGGAAGAGAUGGCUGAAGCACCUGCAGUUCAAGCUUCUGAGGUGACCAGUGAGGAUCAAGACAACCCCGAGGUGUUUUACACGGUGGAGAGGGACGAGAGCGGAGAAGUCGUCUGCCUCUGCUCUGAUAUGGGGGAGGCCUAUGACAAAAUCGCUGCCCUGGCUGAAUAUUUGCUGAAAGACCAGCAAGACACCCCAGUGGAGGAGCCUUUUGACAGCCUCUUUUGGCAGGUGGGGGCUGCGGAAGGGCCCGGGGGCUGCGCAGAGGCCAAAAUCCAGGGCCCUUCCCCGGACGCGCCCGAAGCCAAGCGCCAGAGGCUGGCUCACCCACCGGCUCUGUGCAUUGUGAGCGGGGACCCCCUCACCAUCGCCCUGAACCCCGGCCAGGAUGGCAGCGACUCUCCACCUGACUUCCACGUGCAAAUUUUGGUGGCCACCAUGGGCCCUGCCGGGGGAUCUCCAGAAGUCUUUGGGUCCUCUGCAAAUCGGGAGCUGUGGUGCAUCCCAGGCCACAGGAGCAACAUCCAGAUGAUCUUCGCCUUUGAAAAUGCCCAGCAACCCUGCUUGCCCCCGGACACCCCAACUUCCCCAGAGUUGGCCAGGGCUUUCUGCAAACGCCUGAAAGACCAUUUUGGCAGAGAAUGCCACCCGGCACCUGGGCAGCCCCUGGGACAUCUUUAUCUCGAGAGGGACUUGUUGCAGCAUCACCCGGAUGGCAGGAGCGGGAGGAGCGCGGAUCUGAGGCGCUGCCACCUAGGAGAGAAGUGGGAGGCUUCCGUGGAGAGAAGCAAGUUGUUCCAGGUGACCAGGAGAAAUGACCUGGACAGCAGAGUUAUCGUGGUCUUGGGGAAGGCGGGCACGGGGAAAAGUCUCCUGGUCCAGAAGAUCUGCCUGGACUGGGCCAAUGGCCAGAUGGCCCAGUUUGACUUUGUUUUUUGGUUCGACUGCCGGAGGCUGAGCCUGCUCCACAGGACCUAUCGUGACUUCAAGUCCCUGCUCUCGGACUCCCUGGGGGGCUCCUGGGAGGGCCUCGAUGAAGUCUAUGAGAGCCUGUUGCAGAACCCAGAGAGGGUCCUCCUCCUCUUUGAUGGCGUGGGAGACCUGAGGGGUCCCGGGGGCUUCCCAUCUACUUCAGGGAGCCUGUCCUGCAGGGCAGCCCCUGGCCUGGGCACCAUCCUGGCCUCCCUCUUCCAAAAGAAGCUGCUCAACGGCUGCACUUUCUUAUUGACGGGACGGCCCAAAGAACGGCUCCCCCAGUAUUUCCCUCGCGUGGACACGGUCCUGGAGCUGGUGGGCUUCUCCAUGGAGCAGGCCUCUCUCUACGUCGCUCGCUCUUUGGAGGGCUCUUCCCACUGGGAGCAGAAGGUGAACCUGAUCAAGGCCUCUCCUUUCCUGUUCGGCCACUGUUGCAAUCCUGGCCUCUGCAGGGUCAUUUGCCAGGCUGUGUUUGAAGCAGGAGGUCAAGAGCUGCCCUCCACACUCACCGGCCUCUUCGUCACCUACCUUCUCCAGAGGUUGGCACGUUCCACGGCAAACGACACGGCCUCGAGAUACCAGGGCAUCGCUGCCUUGGCUGAGGUCUCUUGGUCUCUUGGGCAGCGUUGCCAAAAGGCCCUCUCGAGCGAGCAGUUCCCUUCCGCAGGCGUAAAGGAGUUUGCUCUGAAAACCGGGCUCCUGGUGGAGGAGGGGGAUGUGUAUGUGUUCCCCAACUUUGGGGUCCAGGAUUUCCUGAUGGCUCUGCAUCUGACUCUCGCUAAAGAGAUCAAGGGCAAAAAACUCACCAAAUACGUUGGUUUGGGGACCAAGUUCAGGAAAUUUCUCUCUUCGUGGGGCCUGGUGCCCCGUUUCCUGUCUGGGUUACUGUUCUUAAAGGAUGGCCUUGGCAGUUCCCUCCUUUCUGGUAAGGAAGGUGAGUUAGAUACAGAGAAGAUGAUCACCAAGAAGCAGAGAAGUCUCUCGCGAUUCAUCAGGAAACUUUCCAUUAGGGAUUUCAGUCCAGAUAAAUUGUUGGAGCUGCUCCAUUGUGUCCAUGAAACAGAAGAUCAAUACCUUUUGAACCAUCUGAGCCUGGAGCUCAGCCCAGACCUCUCUUUCUUGGGCUUUUCCCUCACCCCACUUGAUGUCAGUGCCCUGCACUCUCUCUUGAGGAGAUCCUCCAAGAGGUUCUCCUUAGACCUGAGGGGGAGUGGCAUUCACCUGGAUGGACUCAGGAAGCUGGUCGACCUGAAGAACGUCACCCAGUUCAGGGUGUCCCUCGGUGAAGCCGUGGCGCUCUGGAAGCACCUGUGGGACAGCCAGGAGAGGGAAGCCCUGCAGGCAGCCAUGGGGAAGUUCCUGGUGGUGCCCUUCAGGGCGGAGACGAUGGCGGACGUGGACUCUCUCCUGGGCCUGGUGCAGCUGCACAGAGAAAUGGCGGAAGGCAGGGAAGACUCUGCCGGUUCCAGCAGCCGUCUUAUUCCAGCCAUUGCUGGGUUCCUGCAGCUAGAAUUCAGCCUCGGGCCCAGCUGCGGCUUGGAGGGUUUCCAAAAGUUGGUGGAGUCUUUGGUUGCCUUUUCUGCUCUUCAGCACUUGGACUUGGAUUCCCCUGAUGAAAACGAAAUCGGAGACGAAGGGGUGAGAUCCCUCAGCCGUGUCCUUCCUCGCUUGGCGUCUCUGGAAACGUUGAACUUGUCCCGGAACAAAAUCACUGACCUGGGUGCACAGCUGUUGGCCGGAGCCCUGCCCUCCCUGCGUUUGCUGAAGACCCUCAGCUUGUACGAAAACAACAUUGGAGAUGCUGGUGCAGAGCGCGUGGCAGAGGUGCUGCCCCAGAUGCGCACGUUGCGGGUGCUGGACCUGCACUGCAACCAGAUUUCUGCUGCCGGAGCCCGGUGUCUGACGGAGCGCUUGAGGAGAUGCCCCCGCAUUCAGAGCUUGGCUUUCUUGCUUUUAAAAAACCUUUCCAGCUUGUGGAACCCAACAAUUCCUCACGGAGUUCUGGAUCACCUGCAGCAGCUGGAUUCUCGGAUCAGAAGAUUUUAGAGGCAGCCACUAACCAGUUGCUUCAGAUUCUGCUGUGGUGGGUACCUUCAGGGGGCCUGUAGGAGCUUCUGUGGUUCUACAUUCGGCCUAUUAAAUGCUCCUCGCUGUGGAAUAGAUGCUGAAUUACAGUCUUCCCAUUUCAAGUUCUCAAAAUGGGAGGGGAUGCUCUGUUGGCUCCCCCUUGCUCACAAAUCAUAAAAGGCUAUUAAUCACCGUGAGCACUUUGAACCCCAAGAUAUCCACACCCUUUCAUUUGACAUUCUGAUGCUAAGUUAAAGCUGGAUGAUCCGUAAAGGCUGCUUCUUUUUCUCCAUCAACUUGAUUACUGGAUCCCCUUUCUGAAAGAACCCUCUCCAGGGCAGUUGGAUUUUGGGUCCCAAAUGUUGUGAUGUGGGUGAAGGCAAGGGAAAUGUUUGUGUCUGCACAUAGGUAGAUGUGUCAAAAAUUAUUUGACUUAGCGGAAGCAUCCUUGGAGAAUAAGCAACUGUCUUUUCUAAAGGAAAAACAAUGCUGGUGCUUUCUAAAUAAACUCAGGUCUCUUUGAGAGCUGGUAUCUUUCUGGAGUAUUUCUGCAUGAAGUCAAAAUCAGCCCCUCGCAAUUUGCUAAAAACUUUGGAGAAAUAAUGUAAUCCUGGCCCAAGGGUCAUUUUAAGCUCUAGCAACUGUGGAAGGUGCACCACAUGUGUUGGUUCUGUCUGAGCCUAGAAGCCUUUUUUGUAAUGAUUGGACCACACAGCCUCUUCUGAGUUAACUCUAAUGUGCAGUUUUCAUAUCUCUGAGAAACUGUCAAUAAAUCUGUUUCUAGAAGUGUC